UGUGUGUGUGCGCAGAGCUCUCUGUCUGUAGGGAGUGACAUUGACAUGACGGACAUCCAGACGCUAGCAGUUCCUCUCAGGAAGUCGUGGGAUUCUGCACAGGAAGGGGCGGGCAUUGAGGUGCUGAUGUCGAGCUGCUCGCUGUGCCGCAGCUGUAAUUCUCUGGUGUAUGAUGAGGAGAUCAUGGCCGGCUGGUCGUCUGACGACUCUAAUCUCAACACCACCUGUCCGUUCUGCUCCGCGCCGUUCGUCCCGCUGCUGAACGCAGAGAUCUGUGACCCGGGGCCCGUCUGCAGCGUGGAGCGCAGUAACCUGAGUGCGGAGGAUGAGAUGCAGAAUAUCAUGCGUCCUCCCGCUGCUCCGGACGACACACUGCAGCACCUGUGCAACGGCGUCAGAGAGACGGACUCCAGCUCUGAGACCAGCAGCCAAUCAGAGAGCAGCGUGCCGUCGGUGGGCGGGGCCCCGCAGGUGACGGUGGCGUACCUGAGCCCGCUGGUGCUGCGCAAGGAGAUGGAGAGUCUGCUGGAGAACGAGGGCGAUGCUGUUCUCUCUCAGGUCCAGCUGCUGGACAGUCACUCCAUCCUCUUCUGGAAUCUGGUGUGGUACUUCACUCGCCUCGGCCUGCCCAGUAACCUGCUGCAGCUGCUGCGGACGUCUCCGCUGACCGCACGCCUCGCACAGGGGUCAGAGGGCACGGCGGUGCGCGUGAGGCUGCUGUGGGACACACUGACCCCAGAUACAGAGCAGUGGCCGGCACUCUACAUGCUCUGGAGGAUUCACAGUGGCGUCCCCAUGCGCAGCUACAGCUGGCGGCAUCACAACCAUCCCUUCAACCUCAGCUUCCUGGAGGAAGUGCUACGCUGGAUCGGUCUGAACGAGGUACACAAGGCCAUCGUGCUCUUCCUGGAUACAGUUGCUAAGCAGCCCGGCACUCCGCGGAUACAGAGGAGCCUGUACAGAGAGAUGCUCUUCCUCACGGUGGCCGCCAUGGGCAAAGAUCACGUCGCUUCCUUUGAUAAGCGUUAUAAGGCGGCGUAUGUGCGCUUGAGCAGUUCUCUGGGCCGAGAGGAGUUGAGGAGGAAGAGAGUCCAGCCGCCCAGUCCUAAAGCCGUCGACUGCAGACGCUGCUUCCUGCUGCCGCUGGAGUGCUGAACACACACACACACACUCUGCUCGUCUCGUCUCGUAACGUCGCGUCUCAUCGUCGUCUUCACGCUGCUUGAGGAGGAAAUGCGACACCCAGUCCAAGCACUUCUGCUGGUACGUUGACUGCAGACGCAGCUGUGCAUUAUGGGAACGCGUGACCCUUUCACCAAAACUGCUUCUGUAUCCCACAAUGCCGAGCAAACUGACACCCGCCCCCACCUCGGACGAUUUCAUAGGAUCUAGUGUGUGGCGUCUGGAUUUACCUCGUUUAUUUCUGUUUGUUUGAUUUCAUGGAACUCAAAGAUGAAGAUCCGGUUGUAAAUGCUGGAAGGCAUCAUGGGAGUUUGAGAUAAUUCUGCACUGGACUGACGCUCUGAGCUCCUUCAUGUUUGUGUGAGAUGUUUCCCGACCAGCAGAUCCAUCCUCUCUAUUCUGGACAGGACAGUUACUCCGUAAACUAGUCCGAUUAGGACUAGUUAGUUCCUCUGAACCGUGUUUGUGUGUGUGUGUGAGAGAGAGCAGUGCUGCUGUCCAGCUACAAACACAAACAUGUUUUAUCCAGUCAUUUUAAAGUUUUAUUUUAUCCAGUAAUUUUAAAGGCUUUCUCCUGGAAAAUCAUGACUUCCUGUGAUGCUCUGAUUGGCUGACGUCCAUGUGCUGCUGUCAGGAUCACGUUCAGCUCGUUCACCCACAAACCAUCUGCUUUUAGCAUUGAGAUGUUAUUCUCAUGACCAUCAAACACAUUCACUUCCAAACUCUCACUCGUGUGAAGAACAGAUCAUUUACAGACAGAAAUCAUGGUUCUGUCAUAAUUUCCUCUCAUUCAAACCUGACUUUCUUUCUUCAGUGAAACACACACAAAGAGAUUCUGAGAAAUGUCCCAGUGUUUUCUGUUCAUAUAAUGAAAGUCAGCGGGUCCAGAGUUGUUCGUCUCCCAGCAUUCUUCAAAAUACAUUUACAUUUAUUCAUUUAUCAAAUUAUUCAUUUUCAAAACAUCAGAAGACAUGAGGAGAGGGAAUGAUGGCUAAAUUGUCUCAUUAAAUGCACACAUCAGGGUUGAAUUUGUAGAUUUGAUUUUAUGCUGUUGUCAGUCCUGUCUGAUGAUGAUUUAUUUUUUCCAUAUGCAGUAGGAGUCCAGGAUAUAAUAUAAAACUAUGAAGGAACUAGAUUAAUUCAAUCCAGCUGACUUCCUGUAC